AUGCAAUCCAACUCUGCAUUCCUCUUGCUUCAUGGCGAUUCGCUGACUUUGCCGAACGACCAAACCUUCCGUGUUUCUUACAAGGUCCCACUUCCACUGAGACCUGAGUCACUUCGCGGUCUUUUGUCUGGAGGACAGACUGGGAGUGCUGCUAUCGGAAAUGGUCGAUAUCUCGUCAACUCAACCGAAUUGGGAAAUGGAACAUUUGGCAGUGUCCAUCUCGCAGUCGACAUGAUCAAAGGAAGGCAGGUUGCCUGCAAAAUCAUUCCCCUCAAGAGCAAGGAUGACAGCAGCGACAUCGAAAGGUCGGGGAAAUACGCUGCUGUCAUGCGGGAGGUGGAUAUCCUCAAGAAGCUGUCACAUCCUAAUAUCAAUGAAGUGUUGGACGUCUGUGAAACUUCCGCAAGAACGAAAAUCUGUGUCGUGCUGGGUCUCUCAACAGGGGGAGAUCUGUUUUCUCAUCUCGUCAGGAGAACCAGGUUGAAUGAGAUGGAGGCGAAGUAUUUCCUCCUUCAGAUAUUCUAUGGUAUCAAGUAUUUGCAUCAGAAAGGAGUAGCACAUCGUGACUUGAAACCCGAGAAUAUCCUGCUGGUCACCCCGCCUCCGUUUCCCCGCCUGCAAAUCGCGGACUUCGGCCUGGCUCGGAUGUUUCCACGAGAUACGCAAGCAAAGAUGAACAACCGCUCACUCACCGUCCUUGGCACAGUGGACUAUAUUGCCCCGGAGAUCGCCGAGCUCAUGCAAAUCGGACAAGAAAAACUAAUUACUCCCACUCGCGGAGACGUUAUUGCGAUGGCUGGUGACAGCUGGGCGAUUGGCUGCAUCGCAUAUCAGAUGUUCACUGGCUUCCAACCGUUUUAUCCUUACGAGUAUAUGGAUAGUCGGGACCAUGACGAGGACUAUCACGAGGUAAUACCGCCAGCUCAGCCGUUCGACGUUCCUCCCGCACCGGAAACUAUCGAGGAUGAUAGAAUGAUGCCGCUCCCGCCUCUAUCUGGUGCAGCAGUGAAGAGCAAGGACGGCACUCGCGAUGAGCUAGUUCGCAAGGCUAUUAUGGAAUGCAAGCCCGAUAUGUCACAUGAUAUUUGGGAUUCCGUUCCCAACGCUCGUACAAUGAUCGAAAAGCUUCUGGAUAAGCUUCCUCAAUGCCGAUGGACAGCAAAGCGUGCUCUAGAAUGUGGCUGGAUGAAGGCUGAUAGAAAGGCGAUGGAUGAAAUGUAUGAAAAGACGAUUGACAUGAAAGAUUGA